CCUCGUCAUUCUACGCGCCAGAGCGGAAAUCAGACUUUGCUGUGGAAUCGUUUGGCAAAAUCAUCCAACGUUGCAUCUAAAUACAUAUGACACGGUGUGGUUGGGCGCGCUGCUGGCCGUCGUUGCACGCGUGGUUCGUCGCGUACCGUCGAGGGUGUGAGGAGCGGGUUUAACGACUGUGUGCGGGGGAGUGAUAACAGAGGAUACCACCUGCAGCCGCCAUGUUUGUGUGUGUGGUUUCGGUGAGAUUAAACCAACUGUGUUUGACCAAUUAAAGUGAAGUGAUAUGUGAAUUAAAGUGUGAUGAACGCGCCCGGAAUUCAGUGUGUGCUCUGUUGCGACUUGUGAUGUGAUUCAAACCAACCGAGACGAAAACUCCACUGCAUCGAGCACUCGGAAGGAUUAAGAUCGUUACGGAUUUUCAUAGCGCAACCACGACUCUACAAAUUCUAUAAGGCUGUGCUGUGAAUCCGCGAAACAGCAGCAAGUACAAAGUUGCCGCCCCCGUUCCCGCCGGUCUUGCCACGCGCUGUGCCAUGAAGGAGAAGAGCAAAAAUGCAGCCCGGUCCCGGCGCGAGAAGGAGAACGCCGAGUUUCUCGAGCUGGCCAAACUGCUCCCGCUGCCCAAUACCAUCACGACGCAGCUCGACAAGGCGUCCAUCAUCCGACUAACUACCUCGUACCUGAAGAUGCGCCAGGUGUUCCCCGAAGGCCUGGGGGAAGCCUGGGGCUCGCAGCACAUACCGACCAAUCCCCGUGACAUGGCCAUCAAAGAGCUGGGCUCUCAUCUGCUUCAGACGCUGGAUGGUUUCAUCUUCGUGGUGGCCCCCGACGGCAAGAUAAUGUACAUCUCCGAGACGGCGUCGGUUCACUUGGGCCUCAGCCAGGUGGAGCUCACGGGCAACUCCAUCUACGAGUACAUCCACAACUACGACCAGGACGAGAUGUCUUCGGUGCUGUCGUUGCAACCGAACAUGUUUGGACCGUCGGCACCUCCACCGUCAUCUCCACCAGGUGCCAACCCAGCCGUGGCCAUUAUAACUCCCUUGCUGCCGACCGUGGAAGCCACCGUCAUCAGUCAAGGGCCAACAUCAGACUCACCACCCCAGACCAUGAACUGCCCACCCUCGAUAUCGCCCAGCCUUAGCAUACCACCCACUUCCAUACCACCGCACCUUGGGCCACCUCCACAGGUUCCGCCCGGGCAUUCACCCUCGGCCGCUCAAGUUCCCCCCAACAUCCCACCCACCACACCAACGCACAUUCACGCAGCACCGCCACAGCAACCGCAGCAGCACUAUCCACCUCACCACCAUCACCAUCAUCACCAUUCCCAUCAUCAUCACCAUCACCACCACCAUCAUCAUCCCUUCAACCAGCAGUCGCAAACAAUCGAGAUCGAGCGGACGUUCUUCCUACGGAUGAAGUGCGUGCUGGCGAAGCGGAACGCCGGUCUCACCACUUCCGGGUACAAGGUCAUCCACUGUUCCGGGUACCUGAAGGCCCGCAUCUAUCCCGGUGAUUCGACGUACGGCGAUGGGCACAGCUGCAUCCAGAAUCUUGGCCUGGUGGCGGUUGGCCACUCGCUGCCCCCGUCCGCCAUCACCGAAAUCAAGCUGCACCAGAACAUGUUUAUGUUUCGCGCCAGCAUGGACCUGAAACUGAUCUUCCUCGACGCCAAAGUGGCCCAGCUGACUGGAUACGAGCCGCAGGAUCUGAUUGAGAAAACACUGUACCAGUAUAUUCAUGCGUCCGAUAUCCUGCACAUGCGAUAUUCCCACCAAAUACUGAUGUACAAAGGACAAGUGACGACGAAGUACUAUCGAUUUCUAACGAAAGGCGGCGGGUGGACGUGGGUGCAGUCGUAUGCCACCGUAGUGCACAACACGAGAUCGUCUCGGCCACAUUGCAUCGUCAGCGUGAACUACGUACUAAGCAAACAAGAAGCACAUGACCUGCUUCUGAAUGAAAUUCAAGGACCAAUGAUUCCCAAGCCAGAAAUAAAAACCCCAUUGGCCACCCCAGCGAGCGUCGCCACUCCCAUCUCACCGCCCCAUCACGUCCCGAUGCAGUUGCAUCAGUCUACGCAACAGUCACCCUCCCAGCACCACCAACAGCAGCAAGCGCCUAUCCUGCAGCCCCACAACCCUCUGCUGGUGAAGGAAAUGAACAAUUAUCUCCAACUGCAUCAAUUCGAUGAUGAUAACAGCCUCAACCAAAUGAACCCGCUACACCCGACUCAGCACGGAAACCACCCGUCCAGUCAAGAGUUUGAACAUCAAUACAAUGGCCAGGCCAGCUUUAUGAUGGACUCCAACCAAUCCAUGUCCCAGGGAACGCCCAGCGAGUAUCUUGAUUCGUACUACGAUCCCGCCUUCUAUCAAUCAUUCGACCCCCAAACGGACGGCGGUUCCAAUGUGCUUCGACCCUUCUCGGCCAGCUCCAACAGCUGCAGCAGUUCCGAUGGGGAGGCACAUCUCAAUGCAACCUACAUCCCCAACACGGCGCUAAUCCAGCAUCAGCCGGCAUCGUACGACGAAAUCAACCAACAUUUCGGUCUCAACUGCUUCAACAACAAUAGCAGCAAUGGCGGCACUGUCUCUGCCAAUGGCCAUUUGAAUGGCGGCCUCAGCAGUCACAAUCUGCAUCACCCACACAGUGCCAACAACAACAAUGGAAGCAACAGUAACGGCGCGGCCAGCAACAGUAGUCAUAAUAACAAUAAUAAUAACAACAAUGGUCAUCACGACAAUGGCUUCCUGGAUGAGUUCAAAGUAAGCCAACAGCAUCACCACUCCCAGCAGCAGCAGCACCACUCGCAGCAUCACCAGCAGCAUGUCGUCCCUCAACAGCACCACCAUCCCCAUCAGCAGCAGCACCACCACCACAGUCAUAACGGUGGCGGGGGUGGGAGCGGUCCACAGUACACCAGCGUGAUUGUGGAACCGCAAAACUAUCAUCUGCCUGUCACGCAAAACGAAUUUGUGCAUUAGGGACAUUACGGUAUUGCAAAUGCACAUCGUUUGAUAUAGUUUUGUUGCGUUGUCUAUGGGGAAUUUAACAGGAAGAAGCAUAAGACUGCAGGCAGUUGAUAUUGUCUCCCACUCCUUUUUUUCUCGUUUUCUCUCUCUCUAUUAGGUAAGCAUAUAAAAUUAGUAAACUUUUGUUUGUUAGGAUGAUUAUAUUCGGAAGAUGAUAUUAGUGUACAAGGGUUAAUAUUUUAACUGUUAUCGCAUCAUGAUCUAUUGUUAGGUAAGGCUAAUUGCUUAAGUGUAUAGUAUUUAUUUAGUGUAAUCCCUGGUGUAAAUAAUUACUACAAGAAUGUAAGCAACUGCAAGAGAGUGGAACA